AGCCUGUACAAGUUGGUUACCUGAUCCUCUGCUGUACCUGAGCCUCAUUGUUGCAGCUUUUAAUAACUGAAUAUCCAGACGACCUUUAAAGGUGCCUUUGAGGAAAGAACUGACAAGAGUCAGUAUUUCCAGCUCAAAAUGGGCAACAAGCAAACCAUUUUCACUCAAGAGCAACUGGAUGCAUAUCAGGACUGCACAUUUUUCACAAGGAAAGAAAUUCUGAGGCUGUUUCACAGGUACCGAGACCUGGCCCCGCAGCUCGUUCCCCUUGACUACUCUGCCAAACCAGCCGUGACACUCCCCUACGAGCUCAUCAGCAGCAUGCCAGAGCUCAAGGACAACCCAUUCCGGCAGCGCAUAGCUGAGGUGUUCUCCGAGCACGGCGACGGCAACAUGACUUUGGAUGAUUUCCUGGACAUGUUUUCUGUGCUAAGUGAAAUGGCUCCCCGAGACUUGAAGGCUUAUUAUGCUUUUAAAAUUUAUGACUUCAACAACGAUGAUUACAUAUGCAAAUCAGACCUAGCGAAAACUGUUAACAAAUUAACCCGGAAUGAGCUGACCCCAGAAGAAGUCAGCCUGGUGUGUGAGAAGGUGAUUUAUGAGGCUGAUGUGGACAACGAUGGCAAGCUGUCCUUGGCAGACUUUCAGCAUAUGAUUGUACGAGCUCCAGAUUUCCUCAGCACCUUUCAUAUUCGAAUCUGAAUGUAGUCAACCUCGGGGAUGGGAGAGCUUCUGGGACUUUCAACAACCAUUACUUCACUUGAAAUUAUCAGCCAUGAGAGGGGCAGAGGACAACUUCUGGUAACUGAACCACUCCGAGGUUCACUGAACCACUAUCUUUAAUUUUUCUCUUUAAAAGGAACAAUUCAUUAAUUUCUUCAUCAGGAUUUCACUGUAAUUUAGCAAAAUGUCUACUCCCCACCCUCAGCUAGAGCAAACCUGACCUGGACAGUCAGAAGGGAAGUAUUUUUCUUAAAGUUUAGAUACCACCAGGAAGUAAAGAAACUUGUAUCAAACUAUAACCUCUAAAAAUUCACCCAAAAAUGCCUUAACCAGUGAAAAAAUCCCUUUAGUUUCAAAAGCAUCAGUAACUCCUGAUAAUUUAUGGUCUUAAUAAAUGGUCCAACGAAUCAGUUCCUGAAGUAUUCUCCCACAGUUCAAGAUUUACAAUGACAAAGUCAGCAGUUUAGACAAAAGUCUAGCCCAGGUCCUGUCCUUCUUGUCCAUUUUCAGAAAUCCCCUAUUUUCCACACCCACCAAGGUCCCUACACACAAAUGAUGAAUAAGACUAAAAACUUGAGUUUGUAAAAUUCUCUUUUCAUAAGAAGUUUAUUUAUGCAGUGCUUAGGGUCCUGUACAAGAGAGUAAAAACAGACAUACUGUAAUAAACAACAGUUUUGUUUUAAUACAAACAUGAAAAUCAAUGAGAAGUGUUUAAGAAAGCAGUUGUAAUGUGGGAAGGGUGGCAGCCAAAAGUGAUCAUUGGAAAAAUACAAUUUACAUUAAUUUUUACAAAUUUUGGGAUGUGUUAAAUUCCCUUCAAACAAAGUCCUAAGUUCCAACUCACACUCAACGUAGAGCAGAUGAUUCCUGCAGAAAGGCUGGAGAGACCAGAUAACCAGCCAGUUAAUUACCUUUAUUAACCACAGAAACUCUGGGGAUCAGUAAGGAUGGGAAUAAGGCAGCCUGGAACACUCAGACUGCAGUUCCACUCACAUUCCUUUGAACAGAUCUUUAGUUGAGCUAGAAAUGAAGACACAUGUUAGUUAUCAUUCUUCCCCAUCCUCACACAGCUGUUUGUGCAAUCCCCUGGCAAGUCCAAGAGAAGAAGAAAUCAUGGCAGUUUUGAGCAUGAUCAUCAGCCAAACACACCACCACAAAAACCCCUCAGCAAUCAUCAGGGAGAUGAUCAGCAUCUCACAGCAAAGGAGAAACCAAAGAAUUUGCAGCAGCAGUAAAGAGACUUACAAUAAUCCAUAGGAUUUAUAAAUCUGAGGCUGGAAGUCUGAAGCUGGCAGAAGGUUCUGAUGGCAGGAAACAUGAGCUGUGCCUGUCAGCACAGGACAGAGAUAACACAGGUGUUAAAUAAGUGUUAAAAGCAGCUCCACCAUUUAUUGACAGGCUGACUGACAGGUCUCUGACCACUAUGCAAUGUUCUGCAACCAGCCUCAAAAAUAAGGUCAACCACAGAAUUCCAUGAUACUCAUUGAAAUAAGGGAAUUUGAGGACAUGCUCAAAAAUGGGUUUGUUUCUCUACAAAACAAAUGUUAAUCAAUUACUUGACAUUUUAGUGGUAUUCAGACACUGAGAAUGUGUAGUAAGCACAGUUAGUUUUGCAGACCUACUUCAAUUCCUCAGUUUUACAGGUUUUGUACCCAAUUUGUGAUUUUUUUCCUCCUUAGUUAAAGAAAGCUUAGACACAAGUAGAUUAAGUAUGUAUUUACAGAGUACCUCUCUGACAAUUGCAUUUUCCAUUACAUUCACACUUAAUAAACACAGUAAUUGAAUGAUGUGAUGGAAACACACUGUACUUCUAGAUUUGAUGCCUGUGUUUGGUGCCACACAGCUAAGCCCAUGUGCAGUGCAGUGUCUUUAACCUUUUCCUCUCUUACACUUGCAUUUUAGGUUUCCUGUUGCUUACACAGAUUUAAUGUCUGUGUACAGAAGUACAGUGAUGGCUGUAGUCACAGUAACUGCAUGAGACUUCCUGAGAUCAAGCAAUAAUGUUGUUGUUCACAAACCCAACCAUUUCAAAAGAAAUAAUGUCAUAAUUAGGUACAUAAACACAUGCAACAACCAGCAUAAGUUUAAACAGAAGGUAUUCACAUACAAAGAAUUCUGAAUGCAAGAGUAACUUCAGGUUUAGAAAAUGAGUGAAAAAUCACAAUACCAUCCUUCAGGUUUUACCCAUGUGUAAAUGAAUAUGGUUUGUUUUCCCAGCUUGGGAUGAGUUAUUGAUACAGUCCACAGGCAAGAACCAGCAUCAUGGCAGAGCCAUGGAAUCAAGUCAGAUAAACACCAAUUUUUCCAGUCACUCUGAAAAAUAAAUCAGGCUCAGCAUCUGGCUGUAUAAAGCACAAUGCAGAUGCAAGACAAUCCACAGUUAUGACUAAGCCAGAAGCAAAUUGUUACAGAGUUAUGUAGGAAAUUCAGCCUGUCUUAUCACCACCCCAGUUGUGCCUCAAUCAUUACUUGAAACACACAAAAAAAUCUUUAAAAAACAUCCUUAGCUCAAGACAGAGGUGCUGCUUGUCCAGUCUACAGGUCUGUGUUACCUACACUCUGUCUAGAAGCCUCCUCAGUAACUUAGCAUGGUUUUAUCCUACAAUUACAUCUAUGUAUAAAUCCCCUACAGGGCAUGUUCAUCAAGUCCUCAUGCUAAAAAAGCCACAAGUAAACAAAGAACCAAACCAUCAUAAGGUUUUGGUUAGAGGAAAGCUUUAAUCAGGACAGAGAUCAUCUAAAUGCAUCUAAAAUGCAUUUCUAUAAACCAGCAACUUACAGAGUGAAAUCUUUUUCCAUUUUGGAACAGGCAGUAUUCCUGUUGGGCCCAAUUGCAUGCUGCAGAUUUAUACAGUUUAAUUGUGAAUGCAACAGAUAUUUAACCACAGCAACACUUAUUAGCACUACUCUGAGGCCCAGAGUUCAAUACCACAAACUCAAAAGAAAACCAAACUGGUGAGUAAAUUCCACAACUUCAAAAUCAACUUGGAUUUUACCCUUAAGUGCAGUUGUCAAUGUAAACAAAGGCAGUUCCAGUUCCAGGGAGCUGCAGGACACAGCUGGUGUGUUCCCUGGUCAGGCACACAUCCCUGCAGGCCCUGGCACAGUGAUGCCCCUGCUGCCUCCUCCUGUCAGUGCAACCCAGAGCCAGCCCUGCAGCCCCUGCAGCAGCUGUGUUGGCUCUGGCCUUGCACACACAGCAAUGUCCUGGCCUGGCUCUGUGGGACGGUGACACCGCCUGUUCUGGGAGGGCUGGCUGUGCUCUGGCAGAGGCUGUGAGCACAAUGAUGCUGCAGUGACCAACACCAGCACAAGAGAGCCUCACUCACAAAGUGUGCUGGUGUGCAACAUUGAUUUGCAAAUGUGAGCAGGUGUGCAUGGGAACACAGGACUGGCAGCAGUGCAAGACGUUUCUUUGUCAUGAUUUAAAACUGCCAUGAUAGGUCUGGAGUCAUUCCCAGCUGCAGAGUGGUAAAGCCACCCAUUGUAAGGUGCCAGGUUUUGUGUAAGUGUCCCUGCCUGACUCUGGUUCUCCAAGAA